CGAACUUUCUCCAGAAACGAUUCGCUGCAAAUGAUAACUUUCAAUUGUGCGUUGUCAGUUUACUGUCAGAAAAUUCAUCACAUUGUGGUGGUCAAAAGUAUCGUUCAUAGUGGAUUAUAGAUUUAGUCAAAUAUUUGAGUCAACAAACAUGGUAUUAAUACUGAAUGAUAGAAACGAAUUUUUUAGAUGAAGAAUUCGUGGUUUCUCCCUAGCAAUUUUGUGUGUGUGUGUUCAUUUUUUCUUCAAAUAUUAUUGCUUGUACUGAGAAUGAAACGAUUUUAUUACAAAAUAUUUGCAUGAAUACAAAGACCAUCCAAAUGAUCCCAAUCGAAAAUUUAUGAGUAAGUGUACCGCAUUUAUUCUGUCAAAAACGGAAAUUAUCACGAAUGCCCAUUGUGUGGCUGGCGCUCCAUAUGUUUAUGUGGUAGCUGGUACGAAAGUUGCAUCAGACGAAAAUCAAAAAAUCAAAAUCAAAGUCGAAAAAGAGAACAUUGCAUGGCACCCUCAUUAUAGUCGUUUAAUUUUUGGUGCAUUUGAUAUUGCCAAAGUUACACUGAAAACGCCGUUAGAAUUCAGCGAUACCGUUGGCAGUAUUGAACUCGUGGACAAGGAUUACAAAUUGAAUGACCCAUCAGAAGUGGUCACUGCCUAUGGAUAUGGCGUGCUGAACAACAUCGGACCAAUGAUAUUGAGGCGUUGCGAUGCGAACUAUAUAUCUGAUGCCAACACAUCUAAACUAAGUCAGACUUUGUACUUUACCACUGGCGAAGCUAGGAACGAUGGCAAAAUUAUUACACCUGGCGAUUCGGGUGGACCAGUCGUUUCAAAAACAAAUGGCAAAAUAGUGGGGAUAAUAGUGGGUAUAAAUGGAACAGGAGAUGGUCGCGGAGCGUUCCUUCCAAUUACUCUAUUUCUUGAUUUUAUUCGUGACCCAAAGAGCGUGAAAUCACUUCCACCUCCGCUUGCACCUAACGAAGCUAAAUUUAUAGCCGAUAUAAUGGCACCGGCAAAAUUUGUUACUGCUUACAAACCAGAUUAUGACGAUGCCGACGAAGAUCUUGAGCUAAAAUUUAAUGCAAUCAUUUUGUCGAAAACGGAGAUUUUGACCUGUGCACAUAAUGUGCACGGCGCUUCAUAUGUCUAUGUAAUCGUUAAUAAACUAUCAAGCAAUCCGACAAAAAUCAAAGUCACCAAAGACCAAAUAGAAAUUCAUCAGAAAUACGCAUUGUCGGGAUUCGCAUUUGACGUUGCCAAGAUUACACUUAAAGAACCGUUGCAGUUCAACGACAACGUCGGCAGCAUCGAUUUGGUGGACAAAAAUUACAAAUUGAAUGACCCAUCCGAAUUGGUCACUGUCUAUGGUGAUAUGACAUUGGAUGGAACGAUGAGAACGAGGCGUUAUGAUACAAAGUAUUUGAAUGGCGCCAUUUGCAAACCGGAAUAUGGCGCUGCAUUUGAUGCAAAUCAUUUGAUGUGUUACACUUUAGAUGAAAGCAUGGGAACUCCCUUUACGUUUGGAGGACCAAUCAUUUCGAAAAAGAAUAACAAACUCGUGGGCAUGACCAUAUUUCGUUCGCGUGGUAAGCCAGUUAUUUUUCAACCGAUUGCAUCGUUGCUUAAUUAG